AUGUUUUUAAAUCAUACAGAUCCAGUUACCAGUAGCUAUAGAACUUAUAAUAAUGAUUCUUCUUCUGCUUUGAAAACAAGAAAUAAUUUUGAAAAUUCCUUAGAAAACAAUGUCACCUCAAACAUUUCUCCUUCAUCUACUUAUACUUCGAAAUGUGCUUCUUCUUUUGCUUCUCCCUCUUCUUCUGUUGGUCCUGUUAAUAACUUAGCAUUUAAUUCUGUUGCUCUUAAUGAAAGACCAAAUACCAUUUAUAAUUCCCAUUUCAAUUCAUUGGAUGGCAAUAAAUUUCUUGAUAAAUUUGAUAAUAUUGUCAAUUUUGCUAAUGCCAAAUUUAUAAAUGAUAGUCCAGGUAAUUUGGUCAAUUUUAAUAAUGACUUGAACUUCAAUAAUAAUUUUAAUAGUGGAAAUAAUGUUUCUGCUUCUUAUUGUGAAAACCUUUUGAGAAAUAACAGUGUUAAUUAUGGUUGCAUAGAUAAUCUAAAUUGUAGUAACUCAUUUAAAUCAAAUCGUUUAGGCAUUAUCAAUAAUACUGUUUCUUGUAGGGCCCCAAAUUCCACUUCUUUUACAGAUAAUGCUGAUUCUAAAACUCAUAGUGAUUCUCAAGCUAAUUUUAUUUUCCAUGCCUAUGAUCAACCUCAGAAACCGGGUUUUGCUAAAAAACUUCAUAAAGGCAACCAUGGGAUGACUCAACCAGUUUCCCAUUCAAAUUCACAUCAAAUUAUUGACGAUAGUAGCCAUAGUUCUUGUGACCUGAAUAACAAAUCUAAAAAAACUGGUUGUAGUGCUAAAAAGCCUUUUUUUCGAAAAAACAAAAAGUAUAACUUUCAACCAAAACAUAAUAAUGGAGUUCCAAUAUCCAAACUUCUAUAUGAUAACAGAGAGAUCGAUUUGAAUGCAAAGAAAAAAGGUGGAUACAAAUGCAACUCUUGUUCAUUAAUCUUCACAGCGCUAGAAGAGUUUGCGCAUCACUUGGAUUAUUACAACCACCAAGCCUCCCAUAAUUAUAAAUGUGAGAAACAAUCUUGUAUUUACUCUGUUUUUGGUUUUGCUGAAAAGGAUGCUCUUGUUCAACAUGUCAAGGAGCAUGAACCGCCAGGUCAACAAUGUGGUAUUUGUGGCAUGACUUCUCAUAGACGUUGGAGAAUCAAAAAACAUAUGUUAACACAUAGCAAGAAAACCUCUCUGAUUAAUGCCUCUAGAAUCUCAAAUGGAGAGCCUUCUCUUUUAGGGAGGGAAGAAGUUUUGAAAAUCAGUGAUAUGUUAAACUGA